AGUUUCAAUUGUACUACUUGGUUAUGCGAAGCAGUGGAAAGAGAGUUAGAGAGGGAGUUUUAAUGCUAAUGCAUGUACUUGUUCUGGCACAGUGUAAAGUAAUAUACAGGCUGGGUAAAUGAAGGAAAAAGAAGAGAUUUAAACUUUUUAAUUGAAUUAGAUGGGAGUGUACAAAAAGAGAAGCAACAGAGGGCAUUGAUGAGCUCACAAAAAUCUUUAAUCUUCUUUCUGACCAAACACUGUCACACUUGCCAGUGGCAUCAAAGGCUCUGAUAGGCCAAACAAAGUAGUACUCCUAGUAUAGUAUCCUAUACAUGCUAAUUAGUCUUGUAUAGUGUUCUUCUGUAUUUCCCUCUUUCUUUUCUUGUACUGCCCUUAUAUUUACUGUUCCACCACCACCCACCUCCACAGUUCUCUCUCUGAUACUGUUCUGUGAGAGAGAGAGGGAGAGAGAGAGAGAGAGAGAUAGGGAGAGAUCUUGAGAAAAAGCUGUUUUGAAUUAAAGGGAGAUAUGGGUUAGUCUAAACUGGAGAGAUGAAUUAGGGUCUGGGGUCUAUAUGAGUUGAGAGUGUAAUGGAAUAUGGAGAGUUGAAUGGCAGGGCUUUUAGGGAGAGACAGCAAAAAAUUGCAGAGGUGUGGCAGAUACACAAGGAGCAAGAAAACAGGGAAAAGCAAAGAGAGAAUAGUAUUACUCAGUAGGAAAAAGAACAAGUUUUGUGAAUCAAAAGCUGGAAGAGGGAAAGCAAAACAACAAGGGUCUGAGUUUGGAUCCUCAAAAAAACAAUCUUCAGCUUCAUUCUUACCAUCAAAGCCAUCACCAACACAAUCUAAACCAAACAUUAGACCAAAUCUUGAGUUCAAGACAGCCUGUAGAAGAAGAAGAAGAAGACUUAAACUUGGAGAAACAAGAGCAGCCCACCUCAUUUCAUGGCUUUCAGAACCAGUUUUUUCAACAGGCUCAAGAACUCAAUCAGCAUCAGUUCUUGUACAGAGGUGGGGGCUUAGAUGCACAGUCCUCAGAACUAGCACCACAAGGCCUCAAGAAGCGCUCUUACUUACCUUCUUCGUCGAAAGAAUAUGCGAGUUUGCGAGGAAAAAUGGGAGACUCAUCAGCUCAAAAUCAACAAAUUACAGCUUCAAGAUUAGGGGGUUUAAGGAAAACAAGCAGCAGCAUAGGAGGAGAGAUUGUGGAGGUCCAAGGAGGCCACAUUGUCCGUUCCACAGGCCGAAAAGACAGACACAGCAAAGUCUGUACUGCAAAGGGGCCGAGAGACAGAAGAGUCCGUCUCUCGGCCCACACUGCAAUUCAGUUCUAUGAUGUCCAGGAUCGCCUCGGAUACGACCGCCCCAGUAAGGCGGUCGAUUGGCUCAUCAAGAAGGCUAAGGCCGCAAUUGAUGAGCUCGAGGAGCUUCCUGCCUGGACACCUACAACUGGUUCAAUUCCCAUUAUAAACCCCCCAAAUCAAGAUCAAUCUAUGCAUCAUCAGCUUCAGCAACAGCAACAACAACAGCAACUUCAUUUGCAACAACAUCCACCAAAUGACAACAGCUCGAGUUUCUUGCCUGCAUCGAUGGACUCUGACUCGAUAGCGGAUACAAUCAAGUCCUUUUUCCCAAUGAGUGCUUCAGCAGAUACUAAUACUUCAAAUGCAGCUAAUGUGCAGUUUCACCAACACAAUUUUCAGCAGCAUCCAAGAAGUACUAGUCAGAACCAAGACUUAAGGCUAUCUCUUCAGUCCUUACAAGAUCCAAUGCUACUCCAUCACCAAAACCAACAUGAACAAACCACUGGCCUUUUCUCAGGUACUCAUCAGAUGAGUAAUUUUGAUGGUUCAGGGUGGUCAGAGCCUCCUUCUCACGAUAUCAGCAGGUUCUCAAGAAUGGUUUCUUGGAAUGCCGGUGGAGACACUGGUGGGAGUGGAGUAGAAGGAGGAGCUUUCGUGUUCAAUUCGCCGUCUUCAUCAAUGCAAAUGCAGCAGCAGCAGCAAGCACUGUAUGGCCAGACUCAGUUGUUGUUUUCUCAAAGGAGACCCCUUCAGUCCAGUAACACACCUUCGAUUUGUGCUUGGAUCGACCCGUCAACAUAUGAUCAUCAAGCAGCUUCAUCAUUUCCAUAUCAACCAUCAUCAAUGUCCGGAAUUGGAUUUGCCUCUGCUGGUGAAUUCUCCGGGUUUCGGGUUCCAGCACGAAUUCAAGGCGAAGAGGAGGAGCAUGACCGCGUUUCAGACAAGCCGUCCUCUGCUUCAUCCGAUUCUCCCCAAUGAUUAAGUUCCGAAAGAUUGUAUUUUUCCUCUCCACUAGGACUUAAAACAUAUUAUCAGUAGAAUUGAAGUAAGCCAAAUGUGAUUGGGGCUUGUCAAAUUUUCAACUGUUGGAAAAAAGCCGAGAGGAAGAAGAAAUUCAAGUCGGUUCUCUUCAGUGGUAGCUACCGCAAUAAGAACAAAUCUGUGUGCAUUUUCAGGUUUUCUUAGUGUGGUUUGCUAAAUAUCUGUUUUUAAGUUGUGUUCGAUUUCAGUUUGAUGUUAAUGAGCUUAUGCAGCUCUUAACUUUGUUACAAUUUGCAUUCUGUUUGUUUAUUUCUGUUAUUAGACCUUUGUAUGCUAUUUUCCGGUUUUUGUUUGAAUUUUAAAUUUUCUUGACUGGAGCUCUAUCUAAAAAUUGUUGCUUUGUUUAUU